AUGCCCAACCGCUAUGUCGUUCAACGACCAGCACUUCCAUGGGAGAUCACAGACGCCAUCAUCGACCACCUCCACUCCGACAUACGAGCAUUAGGAACCUGCAGCGCAGUCUGCUCAGAAUGGCUCAUACGCAGCCGUCACCAUAUCUUCUCGACCAUCCAGCUCUGGCCAUGGAGAGCACGACGCUUCUUCGAGCUUGCAAGUCGGAGCAGCUGCACCUUCACCCACUACGUCAGCCGCAUCGAGGUCGACGACUCUCGGGGUCGGUCGAAUUCCCCAGAGCGGAGAAGUCAGACACCAGGGCUUGGCAACGAAGCGGAGGUUCCAUUCAGCGAGGCGAUGGCGCAAUCCCAUAUCCCGUGUCUCGCCCAAGUGACGUCGAUCCAAGUGCGGAACGUCGACUGGACUGCCCUGUCGCCUGUGGAGCAGACUACCCUACGCGGGCACCUAGCGCAGUUCUCCAAGCUCGACCGACUCGAGUUCCACGAUGUCACCUUCCACGACCUUCGUGAAGUCGUGCGCAUCGUCGACGCGUUCCCAUCCAUCAGACACCUGACAGCAAAUAUCGCGUUCAUGAAGUAUCUGGAGCACACCAUCGCCUCUGCCUCGACACUUUGCUUGUCGAGCAACCUCAGAAGCCUCGAACUUGGAACGGAGGAUGGGAUCCCUGUCGUGCUGAGCAGUGUGACGAGCACUGAGGCACUGGGACAAUGCCAGGAGUUGAGCUUGAAGAACAUCAGGGCGAACCAUCUUCAGUAUAUCCGCACUAUGCUCAGGAAGGCGAGGAUGGACUUACAACGCCUCUCACUGGGGUUCUCGAGAGAAAGUGAUCUGUCCAACGCGAUUGAUCUUUCGCGGCUGGGUAACCUCCGAGCUCUGCAUAUAGAAGGCCUGAACAUUCCGGGGUCCGACUGCUUCUCCGCCGUUGAAGAAAGCCUUCCUUCAAUCCUCCAACGCAUCGAGUCAUCCUUCCUCGAGGCCGUGGAGCUACAAUUCCGCCUCCAACCUCAAGGCAGCCUCCAGUGCAUCGAGUGGCGCCGUCUUGAACGUGUGUUUCUCGCACUUCAUUUCUUUGGCAUGGGACUCGUGCGUGUGACGAUUCACCUCGGGCAUUCUGUGACGAAUGAAUGUGAAGCCGAGGUCGAGAAACGUCUUCGUGACGCGAUGAGCGAGCUGAACGCACGUGGCGUGUUGCAAGUGCCUCUUGCAAGCAAAGCGUAA